CGUCUUGCCCGACGUCUCCACAAACGUGAAGAUCACAAUCACCAGCUCCACAGCAAUGAUGCAGCAGUACACAAUGUAGUACUUCCACGCAAUCGCGUCCAUCGCAAUCGAGUUCACAAACCCGUUGUAGAUCUGCCACAUCUGCUGGAUCAGCAGGCACACGUUGAUGCCCUUCGUCCGGAUCGUGAACGGCAGGAUCUCCGUCAGGUACAGGUACGGCAGCCCGUUCAGCCCAAAGUUGUACGCCAGGUAGUACAGGAAGAUCAUCGCCAGCACACCCUUGCCCAGCGACUUGUCCUUGAAGUCCCGCUGCUGGUUGAUCGCAGACAGCACCGUCCAGAUCACGUAGAACAGCAGCAUCAUCGCCGCAGACGAGAUGAACAUCGUCCGUCUCCUGAACAUGUUCACCAUGAACGCGAUGAUCAUCGAGAUGCCGAAGUUGUAGAUCUGCAGCCCCCCGUUGAACACCAGCUUCUCGCUGGCGCCCGUGAUCCCGAUCGAGUUCAGCACCUUGUUCAGGUAGUACGACACCAGCCCGUUACCCGACAGCUGCAUCAUCGUGCCGAUCAUGAACACCAGCACCAUCCUCUUCCGGUUGGCCGGCGUCUUGAACAGGUGCUUGUACGAGUACUCCUGCGCAAUCUUCUCGCUCUGGAUCGCCGUCUGGAUCUCCGCCAUCUCGAAGUCCACCAGCGCGCCGCCCACCUCCUCGUUGCCGUCCGCGUGGUACUUCAGCAGGAUCGCCCGCGCCUCGUCGAUGCGGCCCUUCGAGAUCAGCCAUCUCGGCGACUCCGGAACAAGCCAGAUCGUCGCCAGCUGGAUCGCCGGGAACGCCACCUGGCAGAUCGACGGGAUGCGCCAGCACCACUGGUGCUUCAUGUUUCUCGUGCCAAACGACACCCACGCAGACACAAUCGACCCCAGGUACCAGCACGAGUUGUAGAACGUGGUCACGACCUGGCGGUGCGACGGGUACGUCAGCUCGGAGAUCAGCGGCGGCGACGGAACGAUCCCGAUGCCGUUGCCCACGCCGAUGAUGAUCCGCGCAAACAGAAACAUCGUGUAGUUGGUCGUGCAGCUCUGCACAACGCACCCGAUCACCAUGAUCACGUCGCCCAGCAUGAUGGCUCUUCUUCGGCCAAGAUAGUCCGAGAUCUGCGACGCGACGAAAAACGACAGCGUCACCCCAAACACCACGCCGUUCGACAGCGCGCCCAGCACGGCGCCCUCCGGGUUCCCCAUGUACUUGUUCCACUCGUCCAGCGUCUGCAGAGAGUUCAGCAGCGAGCCGUCGAAGCCGGUGUUUGUGGACGACAGCGACACGAUGAACAUCAGGGCGUUCAGCCGGAGCAUGAACGGCACCCUCAAGUACGAGUACUUCCCGUAGUCGGGCAGGUACUUGUGUAUCUCAUUUUCGCCAAGUUGAGCUUUGUCUGA